AUGAGUUCAUCAAUUCCUCCAAAAGGUGCUGAUAUUGCUAAUGAAAAACUACUCGAAAUGGGUUGUGGAACAGUUACAUCAAGUAAUAAUGAGUCGAAAAGUCAAACUUCUUCAUCAACAUGUCAAUCAAACGAAUUUGUUGAUUCAUCCUUGACUGGUGGAAUGACCAUUGGACCUCCAAUUGAUGGAAAACAAAUCAAUUAA